CUUUCGAGACAUACCCACCUUCGUACCUACCUACUUAAGUUGUUUUUUUAUUAAAUACUACUCUUAUUAAAGUUGUCUUAGCACAGUUUGAUGCCUACCUAUACUUAAAUUAAAAUCUUAACGGAAGUCAACUAACAGUCAGAUUAGAUGUAAAUUAAUCAAACAAAGAAGAAAGUUAAAUUAUCUUUUUAACAAGGUGACUUCUUGAUCAAGAAACUAGGUACCGUAAUACUCUAAGAUACGUAAAAGAUAUGACAACAUGUAGACCUGUCGAAAGUUUCUAAUGUAUUAAAUAAUAAAAACAAUUAGACACUAAUAUUGGUUUCUUUCACUGAAACGAUAAGAUAAGACAAAGUAACUACGUGUUGGGGCCUUUUGAUAACACGACUGAUGUAUAGAAUGCUGUCAAUACGACGAUAUGCUCUCUUACGACUACAAGUUUUAAAAUAAACAAUAUAUUUUUUCAUUUCAAAACAUUUCAGUGCGAUUAUAUUAGUGGUGUUCACAAAGCAAUAUUUUUGCUGAAUCAUGUGAUUAUGACUGAUACGUUAAGUGCAAUUUUACAUGGAUAAUGUCAUUUUACAACUUGAGAAAAUGCAGGAAAAAGAAGAAUAGAUGGAGUUUAAUACAAGAGCGCAUGGAGCGACGUGGCGAUGGCCUCUACUGCUAUCUGUCGUGCUUCUGAACAUCUGUUUGCCGAGUCUCGUGUAUGCUUAUGGAGUAAUAUUAGUACAUUUAGAUGAAUUUCACGUGCCGAUAUGGGUCGGUCUCUCAACUCCUACAAUUUAUAUACUCAUCUACAAUUUUACACAAUGUUGGUUCAGAGAAGCAGCAGACUCCUGGGGUGGAGCGGUCGGGUACCGUGUGAUGGCGACACUAGGCCUUGCUAUGGUGGUGGCUAGCCUUCUCAUCUGCGCGUUUAUUCCUUUCCAUCUUCAGCCACUUGUUUAUGGAAUACUUGGAGGUCUCGGAUCAUCACUUAUAUCAGCACAAGUGGAUGCAGUAGUAUUCGAUACUUAUGAUUCACGAUUAGGAAUUAUUCGCGGUGUAUGUUUGGCUGGUCAAGCAGUGGGUCAAGCAAUGUUCCCUCAUAUCAUAGUAGCACUAAUAGAUGCAUAUGGAUACUCCUACUCAUACAUAGUUCUCGCCGGUAUAAUGCUUCAAACAUUACCAGCGGUUCUAUUACUAAGAGUCGAUGAAAGCAUACAAAGACCAAUUUCCUACUCCAGAUACAGUGACUUGGCGAAAACAUACGCUGUCUUCAGUAACGAAGGGAUGGAUAAGAAUUUCUAUACGAAUGAAUUGCCGCUACAUGAUUUGAGUCAAAAAUAUUGGAAAAGUCCAGAUGACAAUCUGCAUAAAGAACCAGAUUUCUCAGAGGACUUCGAAUACGAUGAUGAUGUAGUCGCUACAAUUACUCCACCACCUAGUCCAGAGGAGAAAAGGAAAAAUAUAUUUGGUGUUGAAAUACUUCCAGAAAUACCGGAAGAAAGUGAAGAGAGCGAAUGCGAGGAAGAAGAAAAAGAUGCGAGUGUGAACAAAAAGCGACUCAGUGUCGCUAUCAAGAGACUGAGUACAUUAGGCGAUAGUUUUGACGAUUGUAUCAGUAAGCAAAUAAGACGAGACUCACAACCUGAUGGUAUCGAACACAAGGAUUAUACUGAAGUAGAAGUGACAUACGAUAAUGUAUCACCAGUAACAGAUAUUCAAAGAGAGAAAAUAUUUAAUUCAUUUAGUUUUCGUUGUCAGUCCGCCUAUGCUAGUAUGCGAAGAAGGAUGUGGAUGCCUUCUUAUAGAAUUUAUACGAUACGAAGGAGACUAACAUUUUUCUUGUACAAUAUCAACGAUACGUUUAUAAAACCACUGACAAGAUCAUUGUCAUGUUGGAAGUUCUAUCCUUCGUUAUUGUUGUAUUUCGCUAGACUGAGUUUAACGUCUGUAGCAAUGGUGUCACUAUCAAAGAUUGCUUCUGAAAUGCAUCCCAGGAUAGCAAUAUCUGAUGCGAAUUUCCUGAUGACACUGUAUGGUUUCACCUGGAUAUGUUUCCUGUUAAGUACACCAUGGCUUGCACAAACGCCUAAACGAAAUUUCAAGUAUGUUGCUCUAGCCGGCGUGGUUAUAUCCACGUUAGGAUGCUUUGUUUUAGCAGAAGCAGACAACCAUGACUCAUUCUCAAUCGGUUGUGUAAUAGCUGGCUUUGGCUAUGGUGCCGUUUCAUGUUGCUGGGAGACAGCAGUGCAAGACUUCGUCGGCGCAAGAAAAUGGCCGAAACUACAUAGCCCUCUGGAAACGAUCUCGGGUACUCUACUAGCUGUGUUUGUUGUAGGAAUAUCUUUCAUAGUCGACGAAGAGAGAGGUUUACAGACCACCAUGUUCAUUUUAGCCAUAACAUUAUCCGUUAUUAGUUUUGUAUGGUUGAUCAUAUCGAUCUGUUACAUUUAUGUAACAAAAUUAAAAUCUGUCAGGAUAGGUAAACGUUGGCUAUUUUGAUAUGUCCGUACAAUAAACGAAUUGAGGUUAAAAUUGUAAUGUAAACAAAGAAACUAGGACAAUGUUGCGGAUAAUGAACUAAAUGUGUUGUUUGUAAAGUUGUGAUAUCGAACAUUAAGUGGAUAAGUAAAUUGUAAUGCAUAAUACUUAGUCAGUAAAUUAUAUUUUAUAAAAUAACGAGUUUAAUUUGAUUUUCGAAUCGAAAGGAAAAUAGGAGGCAGUCUAAAAAUAUUUUUGGUGUCUGUUUUGACUGGUUCUAUAACUCCACCUAACUAAUGCAAAGUUAUAGAAGUUUUGUAUUUAGCGUACCUAUUUGAUAGUAACUGAUGUUAUAAAUAACCUUCCCUUGUCAGAUAACGCCAUUAUUAAAUCUAUGUAACAAUAUAAGUAGUGUGUAACGAAGGUUUACUCUUUCGUGGUAAAAUGAAUCACUAGAAUUAUCCUCGUGUUUCUAUUUUUACUGAUAAAGUUUAUUCAUAAAAAUAUGACAUCUACGUCCAUUGAACUUAUUUAUAUAAUACAUGUAUAAUCUUUAUAGUAAAUAAGGGUUAUAUUUAAAUAAUACAAUUAUUUGUAGUGAGAUGCUAUUGUGUACUUAGCCCGCAUUCUUGCAGUGAUUCAUUUUCCGCAUUGCUAUCAAAAGUUUAAUUUAUAAUGACUCAAAUAUUUUAUUUGUUUAUAUUAGUUUUAAAAUGUGGUAAAAAAAUAAGCUGAAGAUAAUAUCAAGCCCAAAAUAAAUAUUUUUGGGGUUUUCCAUGAAACAUUUUUGUGUCAAGUUUCACAGGUUGCUAGAUUUCAUUGGAAGAUUUAAUCUAUUUUGAUAAUAAUUAAUAUUAGUAUUAUUAGCGGUUACCCCGUGUCUGAGAGACCAUUCCACGUUUAGGUUGUAUUAAUAUGUGGUUAAGAAAUCUACAUAAAAUAAUAAGCGACCGAAAU